GCCACAACUUCAAAACAAUCACGUCGGUCAGAUGCAUUUAGUUCGCAAGUGAAAUUUAUCGUUGUGUCGUAAUAAAUAUAACAUUGAUCGAUUUCUAUUCAUGGCUCGAUGCAUUUGUCAAUAGACUUAAUUUUUCGUCAAGUGUUUGUGAACAGUACGAAAUAAGAUGUCUUGUCAAAAGCCCGAUAUGAUGUCUUGGGUCUGUUCUCAUAAAGUUAUCGUGCUGUUGAGUUUACUAUCAUUCUCUUUGUUUGUAUCCACGAUAGCAUUGUCAGUCCAAACCACAACAUGUAGAGUAAAAGAAUUAGUAAGUACUGACAUAUCAAAAAAAACGAAGACAAACGAAGAUCAUGUUAUAAACUACCGACUUUCAAAAGAUGUGAGGCCAUUAAAUUACACUCUAAUGCUAUGGCCUGACUUAGAAAGAAAGAGUUUUAAAGGGCAAGUAACGAUAAGAAUGCGCGUCCUACGACCAACGACCUAUAUUGAGGUUCAUAUAAAAAAUUUAUCGAUCGGCUACGUUGAAAUCAACGAUCAUGCAAACAGAUUUGUGCAAAUAAAUACAACAUAUAUAAUACCAAAAAGAGAGGUUUAUCAGGUGCAGUUUGGAGAUAAUGAAAUCAGUGAAGGGGUGUACAACUUAACUUUAAAUUUUACUGGGAAACUUGACAGAGGAAUUGUCGGCUUUUAUCAAAGUACAAUGCGAGGUGGCGUUUCGAUGGUGGCAAGUAAAUUUCAGCCGACAUAUGCUCGCCAGGCAUUCCCAUGUUUUGAUGAACCUGAUUUUAAAGCAACAUAUGACAUAACCUUGGUCAAACCUAUUGAUUAUGUUGCACUCUCUAAUAUGAAUGAAAUAUCAAAAACAGUAGAUAAAUCUACAAAAACAGAAACAGUAACUUUUGCUACAAGUGUUCCUAUGUCCACAUAUCUAGCCUGUUUUGUUGUAUGCAACUUUGAUUACAAAGAAACACUCAUAAAUGCAAGUGGUAUUGGUAAAGACUUCACUUUACGAUCAUUCGCCCAGAAGCAACAGACGCAUAAAAUUGAUUUUGCUCAAGAUAUUGGAAAACGAGCCACAGAAUUCUAUAUUAAGUACUAUGAGGUGCCAUACCCUCUUCCUAAACUUGAUAUGAUCGCGAUUCCAGAUUAUGUAUCAGGUGCUACUGAGCACUGGGGUUUGAUUACAUACAGGGAAACAUCCUUUUUGGUAGAUGAGGCCACAACAUCAUCGCAGAAUAAAAUCAGUGUGGCCAAUACAAUUGCACAUGAGUUGGCACACAUGUGGUUUGGCAAUUUAGUGACAAUGAAGUGGUGGGAUGAAGUUUGGCUCAACGAAGGUUUUGCGUCGUAUAUGCAAGUGAAAUCAUUGAAUGCUAUUGAACCUUCCUGGACUAUGCUCGACCAAUUCCUAACAAAAACUCUGCAUUCAGUUUUAGUGACUGAUGCGAAGUUGUCAAGUCACCCUAUAGUACAAACAGUGGAGACACCAGAUCAAAUCACCGCCAUCUUUGAUUCUAUAUCGUAUAAUAAGGGUGCAUCAAUUUUAAGAAUGUUAGAGGGCUUUAUCGGUGAGGAAAACUUCCGUAGAGGAGUUUCAGAUUAUUUAAAGAAGUACAAAUAUGGCAACACCGUCACUCAAGAAUUACUAUCUUCACUGGAGCCAUACUUUAAAACUCUAUAUCCACAUCUAAGCCUCAAAUACAUAAUGGAUACGUGGACGAGACAAAUGGGAUAUCCUCUUAUAACAGUGAGCCCUGGAGCUAACAAUAGUUAUAUUUUGACGCAAUCAAGGUUUCUAUUAGACACGGCUGCGGCUUAUAAUGAUGACUCGGUAUUCCAUUAUCGUUGGUAUGUACCUAUAACGUAUUCAACGAGUAAAGAGAAGCGAGACAAUAUACUAUGGUUUGCUGAUACGUCGGAUAGCGUGGAAAUAUCUCUCAGCGACGAUGAAAAAUUGUUAAAAAUAAAUAACAAUCAAGUGGGCUACUACAGAGUUAACUAUCCGUUGGAUAUGUGGAAUCAGAUUAUCGAGAAACUAAAAGUUAAAUCUGAUAUGCUAACAUUAUCAGAUAGGGCCCAUUUACUGGAUGAUGCGUUUGCGUUAUCAGAUGCUGGUAUUUUACCAUAUGACAUAGCACUGUCACUCACACAAUACCUUCCCGUGGAGAAAGAUUUCGUUCCGUGGGAAACAGCUUCAGGAAAAUUCAGUCAUCUGUCUAACAAACUCCUUAACACCCCUGCGUAUGAAAAUCUGAAGAAAUAUGUUCAGCACCUAAUUGCUGGCCUAUAUACGGAACAAAGUUGGGAGAAGACGAAUUUGGAUGUGAUUCAAGGUUUGCUACGAACGAGAGUUUUGACGUUAGCUGCUUCGAGCGGCUUGCCUGACGCUGAACGCAGAGUGAGGGAUAUGUUUCUGAAGUGGUUGAACUCUCACGGAACUAAUAUUGCCAUAGAACCUGAUCUACGAAGCUUAAUUUAUUAUUAUGGUAUGAAGCAUGCAUCAGCAGAAGAGUGGGAGAAAUUGUGGGCCAUCUAUUUGCAGGAAGAAGAUGUACAGGAACAGACUAAACUGAGGUCCGCACUCUCUGCGCCGGAAGAUGUCGCUAUUCUCAAAAGAUAUCUCAAUUUAGCUUGGGAUGAGAAAAAUAUUCGUAGCCAGGAUUACCUAAACGUUCUUCAGCUGAUAAGUACUAAUCCUUCUGGAAAUGGACUGGUAUGGGACGAGGUUCGAAAUCGAUGGAAGGAACUUGUUGACCGUUUUACACUCAACAGUAGAUACCUUGGGAACCUUAUACCUGCUAUUACCAGCGGUUUUAAUACAGAGAAACGAUUACAGGAGAUGAUAUCAUUUUUUGAAAAGAAUCCAGAGGCCGGCGCAGGCGCAAGCGCACGUCAAAGAGCGCUUGAGAAUGUCCGUAAUAAUAUCAAAUGGACUUCUUCCCAUCAAUCAACCGUUGCUUCGUGGCUUGAAAUCUAUGUGAAGGCAAUUAAAUCUAUAUAAUGGAAAAUAUAGUUAUUGAAAAGUUAUAAAAUUAAUUACAUUAUUUUUACAAAUAAUGUAUGUAAAGUUAC